UUCGUAGAAGAAGAAAACGGAGGGCCUUCAGAAUUUGAAUGUCGCAGCGUAGAUUUGUUAUGUUAGUGUUUUUUAUAUAACUUUGACUAACAGCUCCAACAAAAUGGGAAUAGAAGACGAAGCGGACCGCACUCUCUUCAUUAGAAACAUAGACACAAGGGUGACGGAGGAGCUGCUGUUCGAGCUGUUUUUACAGGCAGGACCUCUCGUCAGAACCAAAAUCCCCAAAGACACUGAGGGGAAGCAGAAAAGUUUCGGAUUUGCAGUUUAUAAACACGAAGUGUCGGUGCCUUAUGCCAUGCAGCUGCUGAAUGGGACUUGUCUAUUUGGGAGAAACCUCCAGGUGCAGUUCAGAACAGGUAGCAGUCAUAGCAGCAGUCCAGGAAACUCACAGAAUUCAAGCCCUCCAAAUAACCCCAACCCCCACGGUCACAGGACCCCAAUCCACUUCAGUUCUCCUCCGAACAACCCUCCACAGCCAAUGCAGAGGUCCUUCUCGUCUCCUGAUAGCCUGCAGAAGAACGUCAUGAUGAGUAACAUGAUGUGGCAGCUUCAAGUGCAGCAGUUGGAGCAGUUGAAUGACGCCUUUUCCAAACCUCUGCAGCGGCAGUUUUCUGCGGGACAUUCUGGUCGAGGUCACUCCAGCCAUCAUCGAUAUCAUCCGUCCCAGAUGAACAGAGGCCAGCGCUACGGAGACGAGCAAGGCUGUCCUCGUCAGCAGCACGGCCGCGGGCCAGACGACUACCACCAAAACGACAGGCGCGGCAACCGUCACCAUGACAACAAAGGUGGAAACGGAAAUUAUGACGACAGGGGAAACAACCGUGGUCACCGGGAGUGGAGACGAUACUGAGUUCUGUAGGAGCUCGCGUCUUUUUCUCAACUAUUUUCUGAGAACUGUUGACCAAGUCAUUGUGUACACUCAGGUCAUUUAUACAUGAUCUUGUCAAUAAGAGGAUUUAGUAAUUUGUGACUUUUUUUAAAAAAAAAAGGUUUUUAAAUUUCAGUACUUUCUUUCUUGUAACUUUGUCAAAACAGAUGUUGCAAAUGUGUAAAGGUUGUUGUUGGAGCAAAAACAUUAGUGAGACCUGUUAGUAAGUUUUGGACGACAGAAAAAAAAAAAAAAAAAGACCAGUUUUCUAUGUUAUGCAAACAGUAAAAUGGUGCUCCCUAACUCUUUUAAAGUUUUCAGGUACUUUGUAAAACAAACAAACAAAAAAAAAGAACAGUAUGUUUCACCAGCAACACUGAAAUUCAACUGGGCAGCAACUUUUUUUAAUUUUUACAUGUUACCAUGCUCUUACCACAGAUAGGCUUUAUUUUAUUUGAUGUUUUUUUUAGUUUUUAACCUCGGGUCUGUAACAUGCUGUUUUAAAGUGAACAUUAUUAUAA